GCAUCUUAGCUAUCUAAGACAUAGACUACCUAUAUACCGCAUCCGUAGCGGUCACCUCAUUGUAAUUGACGAAUAAGAAAUAAGUACAGACCUAGCGGUCACCGUAGAUCCCCGCGAGCCGCAAGGUGACAGUUACAUACACCAAUACGAGGACAGGAGGGCGCGGGAAGAUCGGGGAAGUUGUGUAAGACGCGAAAGGGGACGGCGGAGUGGGUGGUAUGAUACUACCAACUAACAAGGAAACUUUUAUGUAACGGUAUUAUUCCGAGUGGGCUCGUAUGACAUACGAACUCUUUAUUAGUAGUUAUAAUGGAAUUGUCUUUAUCUUUCCCCAGAUUCUCCCGCCGUAUAAUUGACAAGACUUGGACGGGAUUCCUCUGCCGUUCCCAAUUUUAACCUUCUUUCAACGUCGAAAGAGAGCCUCAAGCGUAAGGCAGAGAAGACGGCUAUAUCUUCAAAGAGUCUUGUUAAUAAGUUAGCUCCGAUUCGCUGUUCGUACUAAGAACCAUAUUGUAAUUAGAGACGAGGGAGGUCAUCCAUGACCCUCACGCCACAGAAUGCAGAUGACAGCUGCCUCAUAAAUCAAACUGUCCCGACGGGGGUCAUGUCACUUCCGUCGGAGUACCUUGACGAAAAGAAGCAACUUCCCAAUACCAAUUCCAUAUCUAAUUCCGGCGAGGACAAGGAGAGCCAGAAGGGGCGUUCCCGUUCCAUCGAGGAUGCAACUGCGGCAUCGCCAUCGUCUUUAUCGUUGGAUGGGGACGACAGUAAUAACGACGAUAAUUUUCCUGAAGGCGGCCUAGCGGCCUGGCUCGUAGUUUGUGGCUCCUUCUGCUCCAUGCUUUGUCUGUUCGGUCUCAUUAACUCGGUUGGCGUUUUUGAAUCGUACUUCUCGACACACCAGCUUACCGGCUACAGCUCCUCAACUAUCGGCUGGGUCUUUAGCGUAUAUCUAUUCAUCGUCUUUUUCUUUGGCGUCCAGGUCGGUCCUAUUUUUGACAGGCACGGUCCCAGACUACUUAUCGCCAUCGGUAGCGUGUUAGUCAUCGCCAGUCAGCUCAUCCUAGGGUUAUGUGAAGAAUACUACCAGAUCCUCCUCGCAUACGCGGUCCUCGGGGGUAUAGGGGGUGCUCUUCUCAACGUGCCUGCCUAUGGAGUGAUAGCACACUUCUUCAAGAGGCGUCGUGGCUUGGCUGUUGGUGUCGCUGCGACGGCGGGAUCUGUCGGCGGAAUUGUGUUCCCCCUCUUCCUCCAAGCUGUCAUUCCAAAACUUGGCUUUGCAUGGAGCACGAGGAUCAUCGGUUUCAUACUGCUGUUCCUAUCAGUCAUAGCCAACCUCCUCGUGCGCUCCCGCCUACCCCCAAGUGCCCACCCAAUACGCAUCUUACCGGAUUGGACCCUCUUCAAGGAUGUCAAGUUCACUCUAUGUUGCAUCGGCGUCUGGUUUAUGGAGUGGGGGAUCUUUACCCCAUUGGCGUACAUCGUUUCGUACGCCGCAGCUCACGGCCAAGAUGCCAACGAUGCAUACACCUUCCUCGCGAUUCUUAACGCUGGGUCAUUUUUCGGUCGAUUCCUCCCCGGAUUCCUAGCGGACCGCUUCGGCCGCUUCAAUGUCAUUACAAUAACGAACGCGCUGUGUGUCGUCACUAUCCUAGCUUUCUGGCUUCCUGCCGGUGAUUCGCGUGCCUUGCUCAUCGUGUUUGCCGUCACCUUCGGGUUCGUUUCCGGAAGCAAUUUGGGUUUGUACCCCGUGUGUAUCGGUCAGCUUUGCGACGCCCGUGAUUAUGGCCGCGUUUACUCUACGGCGGUUAUGGUCGGCAGCUUCGGUACCCUAACCGCCCUCCCUAUCGCCGGUGCACUUUUGGGGAUCGGCAGCGACGAGCGUCAAGGCUGGUUGGCGCUGAUUCUCUUUGCAGCGCUGUCGUAUGCUAUCUCAACGAGCUGCUUCCUUGGAGCUCGCGUAUUGGCUGUUAGUUGGGGAGUAAAGGAAAUCUAUUGAUGCUCUGGUACCAGUUUCACUGUAACCUGAGGAUAGAAUUAAAGGGAACAUGCAAAUGACCAGUUGGUUUCUCGGCAUAUUAAAUUAGGCGCUUCGGGUAGAUUGAUGGAAGAUAGCACUGGGUUUGGGAUCGGGAGUUUUGUGCGAGACCGGUCCUAUUCAAGCAUAUUCU